AUGGCGUCCGUGUCGUCUGGGUUCUCCCUCAUAACCGGCGCCACGGACGGGAUCGGACGACACACCGCGCGCAGGCUCGUCGAGUGCGGGAAAUCGGUCGUCGCCCACGGACGAGACGAUGCGAAGGUCGACGACGUCGUGCGCGAGCUCGAAGCGCUGGCGGCGCAAAAGGGGUCGGGGGCGAUGGUACGAGGGGUGGUCAGCGAUUUGGCCACGGUCAGUGGCGCUCGCGCGCUCGCGGGUCUCGUGCGCGAGACGGUGGAGAGCGGCGGCGGAUUGGAGGCGUUGUACAACAACGCGGGCGUUUUCAUGAAGGGUGCGUACGUCGAGACGGUGGACGGGCGAGAGAUGACGUUCGCGGUGAACGUCGUCGCGCCGUACGUUCUCACUGGGUUGUUGAUGGGUGACCUCGUGAAACGAGCGAGGGAGAGCGGAAGAAAAUCUAGCGUUCUGAACGUGGCAUCGAUUUCGGCGUCGCCUAGGAUCGACUUCGAGAACAUCAACGCGGAAAAGAUGUUCUCGGCGCAUGGAAGUUAUUCGCUCAGCAAGGCGUGCAUGAAGGCGUUUUCCUACGAGCUCUUUGACAGGCUUGCGGCUGGGAAGCUGUGCAAUGGCGACGCGACGGUGGAUAAUCUGAACGUCUUCAGCUGCGAUCCAGGCACCGUUAACACAAAAAUGCUCCUGGCCGGAUGGGGCCGAUGCGGUAUCGAGAUAUUCGAGGCCAACGAUCAGUUUGAUAUCAUGGUUUCGGACAUAGAGAAAAAUUCGGUGGAUUUCAACGGCUGUUACUUCGUCGGGGCAGCCCCGAUGAAACGCUCGAGCGCGCCGGGCGACGCCGACCAGGCCAGAUUGUGGGCAUUGCUCGAACGCGAAACAAAAUUGGUGUACGUCUAG